CACAUGGCACAAGCAUGUUCAUUUAAUUCUUUCGAGCAUACAUCCAUAAACUAAUCUAUAAAGCAAUAUCACAUCACUUAACAUUAUUAUCAAUUUAAAUUGAUAAGAUACUUGUAUGCAUCAUCAUUGAUAUUGAGGUACUUGAAGUAUUCAGAGCUGUUCAGUUUGCCGAGAAUCGUUAAAGCGACCGUACAUAAAAUUGAAUCGAAGCUUCCGUUAAAGUGCAGUUGACCCAAAUUGCUUUAAAUAAAUCAUAAAAUGCACCAAAAAGACAAAAGUGAAGAUGAAGAGAACAUCAAUAAUAAAGUUGUUGUGGAUGGUCAUGUAGCACCGGAAGAAGAGGAAUCAAAUUUAAAGGGAGACUACAGAAAUGUCGCAAUUUUAUUAUUUCUUUACAUCCUUCAAGGCAUUCCACUGGGCAUUAGUAGUGCUGUUAGAAUUUUACUACAAAAUCGUGGUGUCUCUUAUAAGGAACAGGCAAUUUUCUCAUUUGCUGCAUAUCCAUUUACAAUGAAGGUUUUAUGGUGUCCCAUCGUCGAUGCUUUGUACGUAAAAAGAUUUGGUCGUAGAAAAUCUUGGUUGGUGCCCGUUCAGGUUUUGAUUGGUUCUUUCAUGAUAAUAUUGGCACAAAAUGUCAAUGAAUGGCUUGGCGAUGGUGAAGGAAAUGAGCCACAAAUCAUCUUGUUGACUGUUGUGUUCUUCAUUUUAUGGUUUUUGACUGCAACUCAAGAUAUUGUUGUGGAUGGUUGGUGCCUUACGAUGCUGCAGAGGAGAAAUGUUGGAUAUGCUGCUACUACAAACUCAUGUGGACAAACGGGCGGAUGGUUUAUUGGAUACGUGAUUCUUUUGGUUUUUGAAUCGCCUGAAUUUUGCAAUAAAUACAUCUUUUCGGAACCACGAACUGAGGGACUGAUUACUUUAGCUGGAUUUCUGAAAUUCUGGGGUAUUAUUUUCCUUAUAACAACCGUAUUUAUUGCUAUAUUCAAAAAGGAACGAUCAGAACUGGAUUAUGAAUUAGAAGAACAUCCCGAUUAUGGUGUAAAGAAAGCAUAUCCAAUUUUAUGGGAAAUUGUGAAGCUCAAACCAGUCUUAAAGUUGAGUUUAUUCCUUUUAACUGCUAAGGCUGGUUUUGCGGCAUGUGAUGUUGUGACUAGCUUAAAACUUAUUGAGUACGGAAUGCCAAAAGAAAAGGCAGCUCUACUAGCUAUUCCACUAGUUCCAAUUCAAUUAGUUCUACCAUUCAUCAUAUCCCGAUAUACAGCUGGUCCCCGUCCAAUGAGCUUUUAUAUCAAGGCUUUCCCUUAUCGGUUGUUAAUGACUAUUGUGAUUGGUUUGUUUGUAUUCUUCACACCUAAAAUGAAGACUGACGAUGGAUUUCCAUUCUAUUUUUAUUUACUACUUGUAUGCAUUUAUAUGAUUUAUCAGAUUCCAUUCAGGUCAAUGUACAUUUGUGACAUGUCAUUCUUUGCAAAAAUCAGUGAUCCAUUGAUAGGAGGAACUUACAUGACCCUCAUGAAUACAAUCACUAAUUUGGGCGGUUCGUGGAUCCAAACUUUCUUUUUAUGGUUCGUAGACGUAAUAACUUGGAGACGAUGCAUUUUCGAUGAGGACUUGCUUUUAUCAAACUCAACAACCUUACCGCUAGACAAUAAAUGCUCUGACAAGAUAGAAAAGGAAAUUUGUGCAAAAAGUGGAGGACAAUGUCACACAGACAUUGAAGGAUAUUAUAUUGAAAUUGGAAUUAAUGUUGCUUAUGGAGUUGUUUGGUUCUUCCUUAUUAAGAAUUUAAUUUUACAUCUUCAAAGCUUGCCAGCUAAAGAAUGGUAUGUGUUAAGCAGGAAGGAGGAGCAACGAGAAAUGGUUCAAGUUAGCAAAGACAAAUAAAAAAUAUUUAUUCAAAAAAACAAUUGUUAAUCACGUGGAUUGUUUUGGGGUCAUUUACUAAUGACGUCAGUUGAAAAAUGAUUUUUGACCCCCCCCCCCUCCUAAAUCUUGGACGUCAUAAGUGAACUACCCCUGUUUUGUCGAAUUAUCGAAAUCCUCCCCUCUUUUUCUAAUGUUUGUCACUAAUCAGGCUCGUAGCCAGGGUGGAUGGGGUGGGGUUGGGGGGUCUGGAGUACAAG